AACUUAGUCUUAGAAAAAUGCAUCCUUAAUCUCUUGGACUGCUUUUCUGGACAAUUGUUGGAAGCUUUUCUCGAGCUAUUUUGCAGUAUUAUUAAAUAAUUAUCAUUUUAUACUUCCACAAUGGGUUGGUCUUGCUGGUAAAUAACCUUCAUUCAAAAUACAAAGUUAAAUCCAAGAGAAACAUCUUUUGUUGCAAGAUUACAUGAGGCUCAUGUUCUUCUUGCUGAAAGAACAUUAGUCCUAUAGACAAUUUUAAAUAAGCUGACCUUAUGAAUAUAUCACUUAGUCAAAAAAGUAAUGCCAUAUAAAUUACUCGCCUGUCUUGUAUAGUUUCAGGGUUAAUUCUUUUUUUUUCUCAACAUUACAAUGUGUGUAAUUUGCGCAGGUUUGAUUAAUGCAAACUUAAACAGUUUCAUAAACUUUGUUGUUUAUGGAUCUACUUCAAAUGAUGAGUUGUUGUCAUGUGCUUUGAAUAUUCUCUUGCAGGAUGGUGAGGUAUGGACUUUCAGUGUAAGAGCCUUUAAUUCAACUCUUCCGGAACACACCAUCAAUAUGAACUACGAUGGUUUUGCUGAAGAUGUUAGAGUGGGUGAUGAACUUGUAGUUGAUGGAGAAAUGGUUAGGUUUGAGGUGAUUGAAAAGAUAGGCCCAGAUGUCAAGUGCCUUUGUACAAAUCCUGGGCUGUUGCUGCCAAGAGCCAAUUUGACAUUCUCGAGGAAUGGCAGUCUAGUACGUGAAAGGAAUGCCAUGCUACCGACAAUUUGGGUUUCUUUUUUUACCUUUGGUCUUUGGGUGACAAAAUGAUUUUAUUGUUGAUUGUGCUUUACUUCUCUUUGUCUUAGGAAUAGCUGAAGAACUUGCAGGAGAUCAUUCAAGCAACAUCUCGUCUUAAUGCAAACUAUGAAAAAGAGUCGUACAAAAGGUGUAAUGUACUUCAUAAUAACUUGAGCCCGUGAUCUUGAGGUCACACCUAAAGGGUUAAUUAUUUAUUUUAGUUAAAUAAUUAAAUAAAUUUACAGUGGCAUUGGAGUAUUAGAUAGCAUUGUGUUUUGGAAAUGCAAUAUUUGUAGAGUUGUUUCACUGUUUUUAAAGUACAACACAUUUUUUCCUGGGAUGGGAGAAUUACAUUUCAAAAUUAAUGAGAAAUAUAUGCAUGAUUUUUUUAGUGAUUUAUUUAUGAGUUGAAUAAUUAUGUGCUUGAUUUAUGCUUGCUGAUUUUAGAUUAUGUUUGUUGUCUUAAUCCUUAUAAUCUGCCGCAUUAAUUUCUGGCUGCCACAUGUGAUAAUGGUGUUUUAGAUUGAAGUAUUACUUGGGAGUUGGGAAGACUGCAAACUUUGAUGAGCUGAUGGCUGCUGCGCGAAGGUGGCGAAAAUGGAGACGUCGAAGAAAACAAUGUAUGAGGGUUAUGGAAAUUACUCGUGAAUUGGGUGACGACAUUUUGUACUAUUUAAAGAGUUUCAUUUUUGUUGUUAGUUGGUAGAGGACAAGCAUAGAAUUCAUUAUAUAUAAUGUGACUUACAAUUUUAAUCUCUUAAAUUCCUUCUGUUCUUUCAUCCAUAUAAAGAGUGCCUUAGUGUUUUCUUU